CCAAAAUUUUACAAACAUAAAAGUGAGUGAGAGACGUCUAGAUACUGAAUCAGAUCUUAUUAGUUAGUCUUUCUUUCCUUUCUUUUCCUCAUAAUCUUUUCAACUAUGGACACCAAUCAGCAUCAAAUGACCAAAGAGAAAGCUUUUGACAACAAACACGAAGAAGCCAAGCACCUAAUACAAGAAGGUUUGGAUACAAAGCAAUUAACAACACCAUCUCCUGCUUCCCCAUCUUCAGCUUCUUCGUCUCCUUCUCAUGAUUUCUCCUUCACAAUUUCUCUUCACUCUUCUUCAGCACCAGUACCUGAUAAAACAAAACCCCCACCUUCAAUUGCAAUCGAUUUGUCACCUGCAGAUGACAUUUUCUUUCAUGGACAUUUGCUUCCUCUUCAUCUCCUCUCUCAUCUUCCAGUAUCUCCUCGCUCUUCGACCAACUCAUUGGACAGCUUUACCCUCCCCAUCAGAGACUUCGUAGAUGAUCAAAAGAGUGAUAAAAGUUGCAGCAGCAACAAUAGCAAUAGAAACAGCAACAACAAUAUCAACAAUAGAAGCCAUAAUCAUCAAGCCAAUGAUAGUGAGAGCAAAGGUAGAACCAAGUCCAACAAGUCAUUCUCAUUAUUCGGUUUCACAAGAUGGCGAAAGGGUUGUUACCAAGUUAGAGAUGGAGAGGAUAAGGAGAAGCAGAAGAAGAAGAUGAGAUUUGACGUAAGUAAUGUGCUAAAGAGGUAUGCCAGAAUGGUUAGGCCACUAUUAUUUUUCAAAGGAAGGAGAGAAAAUCUCCAUUUCCAUAGUCAGCCUUGUUCGUUUUCAGGUAAUUUAAGUUUCAGAAAUAAACAAGAGUUGAGAGGAAGAAGAGGAGAAUUUUCAGCCCCUGCAUCAAUCAGAACAUCUCCUUCAAAUAGUGGCCUACUCGUUGCAACUACAACUCUACCUCCUUCUAAAAGUGACAGCACCAUGGAAGAGUUGCAAGCUGCAAUUCAAGCUGCAAUUGCUCAUUGCAAGAAUUCCAUUGCUGUGGAAGACAAACUUAAAUGCUAAGUUUGGAGUUUUCGAUUUUCAUAUUAUACUUUAUAUUAAUUAUCAUUUACAAUUUCUUUUCCUGUGUAUAACAUGGUGUAUAUGAAAAUGUACGAAAAUUAAUUAGUUUUCAAUCCACAAUCAAUUUAAUAUAGUGUUACAUUCAACAGAUGAUUACUUGUGCUUUCUCGGCAUUCACGUGUGCAGGG